GUCUUUGAAUGCCUCCGAGGUGAUCAAAGGUAAUGACUGGAGACCUGAGUUCAGCACACCGCAGCAAUGUCUAAGUGGCUGUACGAUGAUGAGGUGCUGGUGGGUGAAGGCAGUGGCGAGGCAGUGCAACUGAGCCCCAGAGCGCGGACUCUGCCUCCUGGGAGCCCCAGAUCAGGCCACGGGCGUAGUCCGCUAGCUUCACCCCGCAGCAGGGAGCCAGUUCCACUGAGCCCGCUGGCAAAGACCAUGAGCAAGGCCAAACAGCUGUUUCUGCUCUGUGACAAAGAGGGAAAAGGGUUUAUCACAAAGCAGGACAUGCAGAGGUUACAGUGGGAGUUGCCACUGACCCCUGAACAGCUAGAAACAGUCUUUGACAGUCUGGACAGAGAGGGCAAUGGUUACCUCACUCCUGUGGAGUUCAACACUGGGCUCGGUGAGCAGGUGGAGCUGGAGGAGGUGACAGACCUGGAUCAUGAUGAAGCAGAAGAAGAACUGGACGAGGCGGACUUUUCUCAGGACCCCAGUGCUGUUAGAUUUGUAAACAUACUAAUGGAACUUGGCACUGACAAACUUUUCAAAGAUCAGCAGGAGCUGUGUACUCUGUGGUGUGAGCUCCAGAGAGACCGACCAGAGAUGCUGAGCGUCCUAGAGGGCAUCUUGGUCCAUGCAGUGUCCCAUUUACAAGACACCAUGAAAGAGAGAGACAGUCUGGAACAAGCCUUACGCAGACGGGAGAGCGAACAUGAUCAGGUUGUUCGGUCUAUAUAUGAGGAAAUGGAAAGUCAAAUCAGAGAGGAGAGAGAGAAGCUCCUUGCUCAGGACAGUAUUAAACAGAAGGAGAAAGGGAAAAUACUUGAGGAGGAGCUGAGGAUGCGGGAACAGGAGUUGGAGAAUACACUGAAAAAACAGACGGAGCUUGAGACCCGAAUGCGCCAGCUGAGCCACGAGCAAGUAAACAUCAAAGAGCAGAACCAGCAGCUUCAGGACCUCAACAUGCAGUUACAGGAGCAGGUGGAGCGCAACAAAGAACAGUUGCAGGCUGCGUUGGCUCAGCUCAACUUGGCGCAGAUCAGCAAUGCGCAAGAACAACUGGCCAGACAGAGAAACGUGAUGAAGGUGUCAAGGAACAUGAAGAAGGAGAAAGAGAGUCUUUUGAGACAACUGGAGAUAUUGAGGGAUAUGAACAAAAGGCUGCGAGAUGAGAAAGACGCCCAACAGUCUCAGAAGAGGACUCCAAAUGUCACACAGGCUUUGCAGAAGAGAGGGUCAGUUAUAGGUAACUACUUACUGGAGGACAAGCCAAUGAAAAGACAGCCGUGCUCUGCUGAUGAGUUGGAGCAGGACAAAAAGACAGAGGUGACAAUAUCAUCCAAGAAACACCAACCGUCAUGUAGAGUCAGGGGUGAAAAUGUUGAACAGACCCAAACUCAGAGCAAAGCUGUCAGUACUCAGCAAGUGUUCAAGGUUGUGUUUCUGGGUAACUCGGGGGUGGGUAAGAGCUCCUUCAUCCAGUAUUAUUGCACAGGGCGCUCCGACAGUAAAGUCAGCACUACCAUUGGUAUCGAUUUUAAGAUGAAGACUAUAACUGUGGACUCCACCACCAUCAUCCUGCAGCUGUGGGACACUGCAGGGCAGGAGAGGUUUCGCAGCAUCACCGAGCAGUACUACCGAAAGGCCGACGGCAUCCUUGCCAUGUAUGAUGUAACGCACUCCGCCUCCUUCACUGCAGUGAGAGGAUGGAUGGACUCCAUCAGGGAGAAGAUGUGUGAAGGUGCUGUACUAAUGCUGCUGGGGAACAAGCUGGACUUGGCUGACAAUCAGCGUAGAGAAGUGAGAACAGAAGAGGGUCAAAAACUGGCAGAGCAACAUCAAGCUUUGUUUUAUGAGUGCAGUGCCAGGAAUGGAUUGAACGUGGAGGAACUAAUGAAUCACCUGGCAGGGAUGUUGGUAACUCAGCAUGAACGCCAGUGUGAAGAUGCACUUCUACUGACUGAAACCAUGCCUAAAAGAAGUUGCUGUGCAUGAACAGUUGAGGACAGGCUUUUGAAAAGACUGAAACUGCCUCCAGGUGUUCUUCUUUGACAUCACAUCAGGCAUUUUUCUGUGAACAAGUUUA